GUCACAUCGCGAAGCUCCCGAUGAGCGGUCGACUAACAUCGUUUUGAUAUUUUCUGGUAGCGGACUUGAAAACUGAUGAUCCUCUGUUUUCUUAAGUGAUUCUAAUCGUCAUCCUCAGAACAUUAUUUUUAUGUUUUUCGUAUCUUUUGAAGUGGAGUAUCGUUGAAACAAUAAAAAUAAGCAGUAAAGUUUGGUGAAUUAGCGGUGAAUUUCGAACGAAAAAUCAGAGAUUUUUUAAUCAGGAAAGCAUUUUGAAAAUGGUGACGAAAUUUUCAGCACCCGAAAACAGCAAUCGGAAGAGAUCGUGCAAAACGCCGAGCGUUUGAAGCAAAAACGAAAUCUCCAGUGAACGGAUUCCGUUGUGUAUGUGAGCGACUGGAGUCAUGCCAAGGUGUAGUAGUGAUUUGACAGGAUUGUCAAGCCCGCAGCAAGAAGAAAACGCAACAACAAUGAUGGGAAAGAGUUGAAGGUGUUUUAAAAUCAAAAACGUCUUGUCGCGGGGUGUUGUCUCUACGGACAGUGAAAAAAAAGAAUCAAGAUAAAAUUUGGCAAUCAUUUUGUGCGUUGUGGGGAAGUGCAGUAAACGGAAACCUGUCGAAUAGAUAGAGUAGUCGCUGAAGAAAUCGUCGUUGUUUGGUGAAAUUUGAAAUUGAUUGGAUUUUAACUAGAAAUUGAUGUAUUGUUCCCAGCUGUCAUCAACAAGAAGAAGUUUUUCCCCAAAAAUUAAGUGUUUCGAAGGGCUUGUGAUUACGUUUUCCUUGGUCCAUUCAUUUGGUGUAUUUGUCCCAUAAUAGUGUGUGCGUUAAUUGCUAAGAAGCAUAAGAAGAGUGAAUUUCCUUCAGGAAAGAUCGAUUACCGUCCACGUAAAGUGGUUCCAAUUGAACGAAUUCGAUCCAAAUGUGACGUGGAAGAGGGUCCUUGAUUUGCCUUGACCUAGGAUGCCCUGACCAGCGUGUUUUUGUUGUACAUCAACGGAGAAAAGGAGGAAUUAGUCAUUGACUCCGGCAGUCGCACCUUCGUCACUAGAAGAUACUCUGUGAACACGUGAUUGCAGCCAGAUUCACCCGUCCACAUUGCUGCAUCUUCAAAUAUUCACGAUGUACAUUACGAAUCGGCUUCGGAAUUAUAGGCAACAUUUCCGACGUCACAUUAGAUUAGACUGAUGCGAUGAGGUAAUACUACAAACACUUGGCAUUUACUAUCCGCCCGGUUGGAUCACAUACAUUCAGUGACGGCAACGACUUGCGCGCGGAAUUCUGAAGACGCAAGCUUCGGGCAGCGAAAUAAAAAAGGAGAAAUGAAAACAUAUUAAAACAACAAACAGUUGAAGCAAAGUUAAACCACACAUCACACCAAACGGCACUGUUGUCGCCGGUCAAAAAUGAUUUCAUCGGAGCGAGCGGUACAAUCCAACACGAGAAACCACGGGUGCAGCGAAAGUCACAGCAGAGAAGCACCCAAAUAAACAAAACGUCACAUCAACAGGACACGAGACAAGGAAAGCAUCAGGAUCAAUACGUUCUCCAAAAUUGAAUCAAAUUGUAGCGACGGAAAGAGGUAGAAAGUACAAAUUUAGGUAGGGAUUCCAAUUAUUGAGCGGCAUUGAGAAGCACCAUGGCGCCCAGUCAGAAAGUAACGAAAAAGUGGGAAAUUUUCGCUGGUCGAAACAAAUUUUACUGCGAUGGGUACCUGAUGACGGCGCCAAACUCUGGAGUAUUCUAUUUUACCGUAGUGCUCAUCACCGGAACCAGCGGACUAUUUUUCGCAUUUGACUGUCCCUUCCUAGCGGAACGGAUAACGCCGGCCAUUCCGAUCAUUGGCGGUAUUCUAUUUGUGUUCACGAUGAGUUCUCUCUUCCGCACAUCGUUCAGCGAUCCGGGUAUCAUUCCGCGCGCUUCCCAGGACGAAGCCGCCUACAUCGAGAAGCAAAUCGAAGUGCCAAAUUCGCUCAACAGCCCGACCUAUCGGCCGCCUCCCCGCACCAAGGAGGUCUUCGUUAAGGGGCAAACCGUGAAGCUGAAAUACUGCUUCACCUGUAAAAUAUUCCGACCGCCGCGAGCUUCGCACUGUAGUUUAUGUGAUAAUUGCGUUGAUCGAUUCGAUCAUCAUUGCCCUUGGGUGGGCAACUGCGUGGGAAAACGAAACUAUCGUUUCUUCUAUAUGUUUAUCGUCUCUCUCGCAUUCUUAGCAGUAUUUAUAUUUUCCUGUACAACAACACAUAUAGUUUUGUUAUUUAAAGAUGAGGAUCAAUUUCUUGACAUUGUCAAAAAGACUCCGUUCAGUGUGAUAAUAGCGGUAAUUUGUUUCUGUUCAGUGUGGUCUGUGAUCGGCCUGGCCGGCUUCCACACCUACUUAACCACAAGCGACCAGACAACGAAUGAAGACAUCAAAGGUUCUUUCACCUCCAAAGGAGGCCAACAGGCGAUCAAUCCCUAUUCACAGGGAAACAUUUGUUUGAACUGUUUUCACAUCCUCUGUGGCCCGAUUACUCCGUCGCUAAUUGAUAGGCGAGGGAUAGUGACGGACGAGUAUCGAACGCAGAUGCAAGCACCCGAUAAAUACAAUAGCGCACCGGUGCCACCGUUGGUCGUCAUGCAACCCGGAUUGGAUUCACAGAACAAACCGUACAGUUUAGAGAGUGAAACUCAAAACUCUAGUGCGGGAGUAUUUCGACAGCGAAGCUACGAUAACUUACAGAAUGAAAAAUCCAAUAGCAUAGCGCACCUUGUGGAGAACGAGGCUCCACUGUCCAACACCGGUAACAUUUCAGCCAUUGAGGACACCACCGCGACUACCAUCGUGAUGGAUGACGAUACUAUCGUCGAGUUAGAACCACCGAAGAUAGUCAAUCUGAGUGGCAGCUACAACAAUCUGUUCCGAGAAUCCCAUAGCGCAGGAAAACUAAUAGCUUCCGAUAGCGAAAAAAUGCAGCACGUGGAUGAGAUCAUCAACGCCAGCGAUCUGAUGAUGGUUUCCAGCGUUAGUGGACAUGAGAAUGUCUACAGUAAUAUUCCGGCCGGGUCGGGUACCAUCGGUAAUGGAGUGCUGGGUUCGCCCAAGCGGGUCAGUACGGGCAGUGCCGGAACACGCACCAGCGAUGUCGGUAAGUCGACAGAUCCCAAUAUGCACGUCUAUUCCAACAUCGGUAACGGCAGUCACACUAGCAAUGGGAACGUGGUUGGGCAACGGCACAGUGCUUCCAGUGGGAGUAAUUUCCACCACCUACCGAAUAGCAAUAGUGUUAAUAACAAUUUUAGCCCAGUAGUUGAUGAUCAGUCGCUGCUCAAUUCCUCAUUCAUAACCAACGAUCUGGAUCUAGACGAUCCGGUGAUGACGAGUGCAUUUGCCAGUAAAAAAACAGCGAACUCAAUGCCGCCAUCAGGCGGCAGCCUUGUCGAUAGCGGGCCAUCAGCUAUGAUUACUACCCCUGCAUCACAUUUACCGCUACCACCACACAAAAGUUCCCAGCCCAUCACGGCAAUCGAGAUGAAGAAUGUUAUCAAAACUUUGGAUCCCAGCGUAAUUAUUCAAGCAGCAGCUGGCGCCAAUGGUACCACAGCCAACGCUAUCAAUGCAUCCGUAAGUAGUAAUACCAACAAUAAUACCAUCAGCAGUAAUAGCAUUAGCAACAACACAAAUAGCAGUAGUAAUGGCACAAGUGGUGGUUUCAUCACCAGCUCAAAUCGGUUACGGCUACUGCAAGAAUCCACCAUGAUCGAUACUGCCCUAGAUUUGGAUAGUUUGGACGGUUCGAUAGGGAACAACUCCCAAUCAUGUCUGGUCAAAACGGCUAUUGUAUGAUAAGACUGCGCUUCCUUCUUACAACAUUCGUCAAACUGUUCGUAACCUCCCUUCCGUUAAUCUUUGUGGACAGUCUACGCCUGUCACGACAUGUAUGUAUACUGUAACUAACUAAUACUACUUGCAUAAGGUCGAGUAACUUUCGGACGAUUAUUCACUGGAGUUACUGGAGUAUGAAGAUAGCAAAAGAAACUCGAUGGCACAAACAGUCUGACCUUGGACCUAUAUCGUUAUCUUCCACGUGUGCAGUACUGGUGAAACCAUAAUUAUAGCAGAAUUUUACCAUAGACGGUAUGAAAAAGUGAUAGCAUGAAGGGUCGCCCCUUUGAUCCUGUAUUGUGUAAAUUUGAUUAAUAUCAGUUGUACAGAGAGCCCACCGUGGUGUAACGAUUCAAACGACGAAUUAGAUGAUAGAGAAUACGCGCGCGCUGAUGCAGCGUGUGAGAUUCGGAGUUAUGCUAAGAGCGGAUAGAAUGUAUUUUUGUGUCUGUACGUAUAGAAAAUAUUAUUUUUUUGUGAGUGAAUAACAGGCAUACGAGAGGUGAAGCACAAUUUAAAAAUAAGUGCAUUGUUAUGUUAAUGUGAAUGUGAAAAACAAAACAAAACGAGAUUGCAGAAUGACGUAAUAAAUUGCAAUUAAAAUUUU